CUGAAGAAUUAUUACCCUUCUUUUUUUCAGGACUUCUUCGCCUUCCAGUGCAUUAGUAUUGCCGUUGCUGUAUUGGCUGUUGUUUGCUUCAAAGUUACUGGCUCACUGAAACAUCAAAAGAAGGGAACAAAGCAUGAUGAUUUUUUUUCUCUGGUAGUGCCGUCACGGGGCAAAUUCCAGCAGAAUGUUUUGUAUGCGCUAAAAUUAAUGAAGCAGAUAGUUCUGGCGAUUUUGAUGUGCCCAGUUGUUUUUUUCAUCAUUUUGUUACAUAGGACCUCUCUGCUGGAAUGUGAUGUAAUAUUGCAGUUGCUGGUGAUUUUGAGUGGCAAUAUGAUUGUGAAAAUAGGUGCUGCCGCAGUCGUCAUGUACUCAUUUGUAGCUUCCAUUAUUGCUUCCACGUUUGUGCUAUUUUUCGGACAUAAUCAACCAUAUGUAAUAAUUUGCUUCAUGUUUUUUGAUAGUAUCGCUGUGCAUUCAGUUGCUCCACUGUUUCAAGUUCUCUUAGCCGAUUUCAUUGACGAGGAUGCUACUCAUUUCUCAAGGCAAAAACCGAUUUCUUCUACAGUGUACAGUUUAGCCGCUUUACUGGUUAGGCCAGCGCAGUCAGUGGCACCUUUCGUUAUCGUUAUGAUCCUAACUCAAUAUGGAUAUAAGGAAUAUCAGGCAGACAGUAUGGCAAGCGUACUUCUUGUUAAUUGUAUGUUUUACGUUCUUUGUUUCACAACAAUGCUGACCGGUGCUGUACAGUUGCUUAUUUUUUAUCCGUUUUGUCGACAGUGCAUGCUAAAACGUAACAAAAGUGACAUUCUUGUGUAG